GUUUCUUUAUAUAAAGUACGGUUGUUUGUUAGUUUUAUUGUAACUUGAACAAAAUCAUAACAUGGAAUAUUUCGACAGUUCAAAGUGAAAUAAUAAAAAUUGUUUGUUUCUUCAUGAUCUCAACAAGAGAUGUUCUUCUGCAAUCCUUGAUACGUACUUACACAACCACAUCCAAUCCUUCUGCCCUAUUCAAGUCAGCUAUUGAAAGGGGUAGUUUACAACAAGCACGAUCUGCUUAUGGACUACUUGAUCAUCAACACAGAAUGGAUCGCCAUUCGUUACGUAAAUUGGUCAUGAUGGCACGCCAUAGCAAGGAUGAUUUCAUCAACACCAUCUUGGCUGAUAUGAAACAGACUUGGAAACUUAAGCCCACUCAUUUUGAAUACCAUGCUCUCAUGUACGCGUAUGGUAUUCAACGACAACCCGAAAAGUCGUACGCUGUUCUCGAUCGUAUGCGCCAUGAACAAGGAUUACAGCCAACAUUGUAUUCCUACAACACAUUGUUGGGCUGCUUUAAGCGCACCCAUGAUUUGGAGCGAGCACAGGCACUGUUGAAGGAAAUGAAGCAGCAUAAGAUACAACCUGAUAUUGUCACCUUUAAUACCAUGCUUCAUCUUUUGUCCAUCAAGGGUGAAUAUCAACAAGCAUUUGACAUGUACCAUGCCAUGACAGAACAAGGAGUUGAUCCUGACCUCUACACAUUCUCCACUGUGUUGGACAUGGCAGUCAAAUCAGGCCAUAUCACAAUAGGCCAAGAAGUCUACCACCAGUUACUGGGCCAACAGAUCGACAUCCACACGACAAACAACAUGAUUCGAUUCAUAUCGACUGUGGACUUUAAUAAGGCCUUAGACCUGUAUCACACACUAGAACCCAACAAAGUAGAUAUUGUCACAUUUAACAUUUUAUUGGAUCUCUGUCUGAAGCACCAGAAUUCUUCAAAGGCAUACAUGAUCUUUCAAGAGAUGAAGAAAGCAAACGUGAAGCCUGAUAUCGUUACUUAUGGUACACUGAUUGACGCUGAAUCCAAGCAAGGCAAUCUGAAGAGUGCGAUACAACUCUUCAGGGAUAUGCGUGCUGUUCCCAUUGAGCCCAAUGCACGUAUCUUGAAUAGUUUAGUCAACAUGGGUGCUUCCAAACAGGCCUCAGUUACAGAAUUAGAGCAAUUGGUGGACAUAGCCAGUGAACACAAGGGUUGGUUAGACACAAAAGCCUAUAAUGCAUUGAUGUAUGGACUCGCACUCAAGGGUAAAUCAGGCCAAGUACAGCGUGUGUAUGAUACUGUCUUUCGAGGCCGUACAAAACAACCCGACAUUGCUACCUUUACUCAUCUGAUUCUGUCUUAUAUGAACAAUAACCAACUACAAGAUGCGAUGGAAAUCUACUAUACACUUCGAGAACAUGACAAGAAAUGUCGCCAUGAUAACCAUGUCAACUUACCCAUUCAAUUAGACGCCACUUUUUAUUCCACUUUGAUUUCUGCCUUAUCGGAUGCAUCUAAUGCAGAUCACUUGGAUGCAGCCUUGACGCUGUUUCAUGAUAUGCGACCCCUUCAGAUCCAACCUUCCAUUCAUACCUAUACAGCCAUGCUCCACGCGUGUGGACAACACCGUAAUCCGUAUGUACUAGACCAAAUUCAUCAGUUCAUCAAGGUGGAUUUGUAUCUGGACCCUGAUAUUGGUAUCUACAAUGCACUGAUGGAUGCUUAUAACCGUGUUGGGGACGGUGAUCGAGUCCUUGAAAUUUGGCAAACACUGUGCAUGCCUGCCUUACAAUCUUCUGAUCUUGGACCAGACCAGGUUUCUGUCUCGAUUGUGUUUGAUAGUUGUGGACAUAAUGGGCAGGCACACAAAGCACCCUUGAUUUGGACUUGGCUCAAAAAACGGAAAUUUCGAUUGAAUACUAACAAUUACAAUUCUUAUAUCGAAUGUCUAUGUCGACAAAAGGGCAGAGAAGGCUGGGAUACAGCUUAUGAUCUUGUCAAGCAAGAAAUGACAAGUAGGCCUAUGGCUGGUAAAGUACUUAUGGACAAGAAAACUGUAAAUACAUUGAUUAGUUUUGCGAAAAAGAAAGGGUUUAAUCAAACUGAAAUACAAGCAUUAGAACAAAUGGCAUAAAUUCCCUCUUUUUAUUAUUAU